CUAAUCAAACUACAUUUGCACCCAUAAUGCACCGCGGUCGGCUCCCAUCAUUCUCUGCAGCUCAAGCAGCCGAACUCCACCGGUCAAGAUGGCGGACAGACUAGUUCCCAUAGCUGAGAAGCGUCUGAUGGACGUGAAACUGGGCGAGUUGGGAAGCUGGCUCGGAGCACGAGACUUUACCCCCAAUGGGAUCAUCUCUGCCGUCCGCAGGGGCCACGACAGAUACUACAACAAGUACAUUAACGUGAAGAAGGGAGGCAUUGGUGGCGUCGCGAUGCUGCUCGUUGGCUACAUGGCUAUGAGUUACCUGUGGGAAUACGACCACAUAAAACAUGAUCGCUGGAGGAAGUACCACUAACAAGCACCAUAAGAUCUUCAGGGAUGGACCAUUCAGCUCCUCCUACUCUGUGCUUUCUCAGCUUGUGUUCCAUAUGUGACCAAUAAACAAUAUUAAGAGUUA